UUCUCUCGCUGCUGGGGAUCUUCUUACCUUGACCAAUUACAUCACCUCAUUACACAGUCAGGGAGAGACAGAGAUGGAUUGAGUGGGAAGAGGAUAAAGGAGUGUGUGUGUACAGUCUACGUGUCUUACUCACUAAAACAGCGUGUAAUGCGGCACACUUUGUGGUCACAGUUCGUGUCAGUGUGUUUGCAUGAUAUACUGUACAGUUUAACAGUGUGUCAAUGGAUUGUGGUAUGUGUGUCUGCCCCUAGCACAGUAUCAGUGUGUAACAGCGCACACUAUGCGGUCAAAGUGUGUUCCAGCUCAGGUAAACCGAUAGCUUCCUGUGUUCGUGUCAAUGGCAGCGAGCCCUGGAUUAGCCCGACUGUUCUCACCUCCGUUCCGCUCUGCUUUGGUCUGCACUCACCACCACUGGACCUUUAGCACACUCCCUCCUUCAAAACAUGUCUGUGAGAGAGAGAGCGGCGAAUGAGGGGCACCAUGGGAACCUAUGAGGAAGGUGAGUGCUGGCUGCCCUGUGGUGUGUGAGUGCCCGGCUGGCCCCCCCUCCUGUCCCCCGGGGGUCAGCUCUGUACCUGACGGCUGUGGCUGCUGUAAGGUGUGUGCUGCCCAGCUCAACGAGGACUGCUACGACUCACGCCCCUGUGACCACCACAAGGGGCUGGAGUGUAACUAUGGCAACGACGUGGGCCACACUCAUGGCAUCUGCAGGGCGCAGCUCGAGGGUCGCUCCUGCGAAUACAACGGCCGGAUCUACCAGAAUGGGGAGAAUUUCCGGGCUGGCUGCAAACACCAGUGUACGUGCAUCGAUGGGGCAGUGGGCUGCGUGCCCCUGUGCCCCAGCCACGUGCCCCUGGCAUCGCCCUCCUGCCCUGCCCCGCGCCUGGUCAAGGUGCCUGGGCAGUGCUGCCUCAGUAUCGACUGCCACAAGGGCUCAUCCGUUGUACCCCCAGUACACCGACGCCCACUGCCUCCAGCUUCUCCACCUUUCCCCUUCAUGCCCUACCCUGCCUACCCCUACAAACCAUACCCCAAGCCGUACCACUACAAGCCCAAGGAUACCAUAGGAAAUGAGCUACUGGAGGUAGAGAAGAAGUGGGACAAGCUGCGCGGGAACAAGCACCUGGCGGCGUGGAGGCAGUUUGGAGGUCAGUGUGUGGUCCAGACCACAAGUUGGUCCCAGUGCUCACGCAGCUGUGGGAUGGCCGUGUCCUCUCGUGUCACCAAUGACAACGCCCAGUGUAAGCUAGUGAAGGAGACGCGUCUGUGCAACAUCCGGCCCUGCAGCUCCAUGUCCAUCCCUGUCAAGAAAGGGAGGAAGUGCUCCCGUACCCACAAGGCCCCAGAGCCCCUACGUCUGUCCUAUGCUGGCUGCCGCAGCACGCGUCUCUACCGGCCCAACUACUGCGGCGUGUGUGUGGACGGCCGCUGCUGCUCGCCCCGCCGCACACGCACCGUCUCCGUGACCUUCGCCUGCCCUGAUGGCGAGCGCUUUGACCGCUCCGCCAUGUUCGUGCAGUCCUGCAAGUGCAGUGAUAAGUGCAGUCAUCUGAACGAGGCUGCCCUCCCGCCCCAGCAGUGGCUCUACGGAGACACACACAAGUUCACCGACUAGCGUCCCCCUCAAAUCCCUCACUCACUCCCCAUCACUUUACCCCCCAAACAAGUCCCUGAUAGAGUAGCAGUCCUAAGUGUAUCUUUGAGUAGACGCUAGCCAGAUGCACAAAUCCCCCACCACCCUCCUGGAGCAUGUUUUGGGAGACCUGGGUGAAGGAAACUGAUACGUUGAUCUGCACUCUGGACAGAGAUGAGUGACUAGUGCCGGCCUUAGAGUAGACACCUGGUCCAUUGUGGUUCACCAACCGGAAUCGCCAAAGUGUGUAAAUAGACAAACAUGGAUUUGACCGGCCACCAUUUUGUCACUCACCAUGCACUCCUGUACUCUGGGACUGAACCCGCACUGUGGGGACGAUAGAGAAAGGUGGGACUCACCCAAUGCAGACUCCAACCCAACUGAUGCACACACCCAGUAGACUUGUGGACGUGGGAUGGUAAGGUGUUACAUUUCAUGGUGACUGCCAGCAUAGAGUAGGCCUGUCAAUGGCAAGCAGGUUUGGUUUGAGAGGAAGGAGAAUCAGACUCGCAAAAAAACGGAAUGACUUCUCCAGUAGAUUUCCAAUACCUGCUAUUUGUGUAACCACAUGAAAACACUAAAAGACAACAUUUUGGUGGGACAAAAGAUGGAGCCUCCACAGAAUGCUCUGGAAGGGACAUUUUUUAUUUGUAAUGAUAUUUAUUCCAAGGUAUUUAUUGUUGUGACAGAGACGAUGACACAGUGGUUGCCAAUGAGAGAAGCGAUGCUGCUAUGUUUGGAUAGGCAUGACCGGAGGGCCCUGAGAGAGACAAAACAGCUGAGAGCUGUCAGCAGAGAGGGAAGUUCCAGGAGGUCUGGGACCUGACCCCUGGUCACACAAGUGUUUACUGUAAUCAAACAGCCACAUUACCUGAGCAAUAGUGGACGAAGACAACUCCCCAAGGAGAGAUGUUAUGGUUAGAGAGGCUUUAUGUGUGCGUGAUAGGUCAAAGGUCAUUUACACAGUUGGACCAGUCUCCAUUUCUUACUCCUCUAUGCUUCAGCCCUGAAACAGUGAGACAUUUAACCUAGCGCCAGCGGAACAAGCCUAGGAUUCUGGCAUCGAGAAGUAAUGUCGCUAAUUCAAAGCAAAUUACAAUCCUGACUGAGGGGUAGAAAGAGCCUCAGCCACCCUCUGGUUUGUUAUUUUAAGAAAUCUAGCAACUAAUCCACAAUACUCUUACUCAUGUUGUUUUAUGUGGAGUCUAAUUCUGCUCUCUGCCAUUGAAGGUUGACAUGUCGACGAUUACAUCAUGCUCAUUAGCGACUGAAGCGGACAUGAGGACACUACAAAGGGGUCAGGGGUGGGGUUACAAAUGGCCUCCUUUACAAGGACAUGGGUCAGUAGUCUGUUAUAGCACCUCGAAGAGAUAAGCAUAACAGUUGUCUGAAGAUGGAGGUUAAGAUUCCGUAUUGGUGAGACAUGGACCUCUUUAGAAUUACUAAAAUGCCAAAUUCUUCCCUAUUAGGACAGGUUAAUAAUUCAUGCACCUUAGCAGCUUUGUUCAUGACUGAAUCGGAGGGGUAUAUCUCAGACUAAAAGAUGUGUAAUUCACAUGCUUUUCCCUCGGACUCCAUGAAAAGUAUUAGAGGAUUCAAGAACUGAAGCCCAUAUUACAUUGUAGUCCAUGAGAUUUUUUAACCUGCCUUGUUUUAUUUGUAUUUGUUUAAGUGUUGAUUUGUAUUCUUCUAUGAUUAAACUUUGUACAACUUCUAGGUUGGGACAGGCUUUGAGUUGCCUCACACAGCCUGUUAGGGUGAUUGACUUUGUAAAAAGAAAAAAGUGACGUUAUCUGAUUGGUUAGACACUGCCAUCACUGUUGCCUAUAUAGAUUGUGGUUUGAGAAAAGUAUUUGGUUUUAUAACUAGACACUAUAGAGCAGCUAUGUACAGAUGCAUCCUUUUGUUUGUAGAGUUGCUGCUGUAUACAGGCCAAUCCAUUUGAGUUAUAACCAAUUAACCAGACCAUGUAUAGCUAGCACUGAGCAAGUCUGGGUUCUGUGAUGUGAGCACAGCACACACUGCCAUUUGGAAAUCUCUGCGCUUUAUUGAACAAAUGAUUGAUGAAAACUUGUAAAAUGGCAAACAUCUGGUUGUUUUGUCCUAACUUUGAUUUACAGGCUUAUUGAGUUCAUGCUGCAUUUGUAAUAAAGUAUUUGUUUCACUCAAAACCAUACCGCAAGCGAUGCGUGUUAAUGUUCAGACAGAGUCAGGGCUCUUAACAAAACUCCCGCUUACAGAAGACACCUUCGUCCAAUGACUUCUGUAAUGAAACCGGGUCAUGGUUAAGGGCUAUACUCCCUUUAGUCACAACCCUUUUUCACUAAAGAUAGCAGGGAAAGUAUGGUUCAAACACUACACCAAGCUGUGGCCAAUUAGCAUGAAUGGAUUGUUUUCUUUGAUAGCAGAUGCUUAUAACCUUUUGAUUCCUGUAUAAAUACUUUUUCCAUUAGGCAAUUACCCAAUGGAAGGAUGCCGCAGAUGCCCGCUCAUAUUAGAGCCAUGAUCACUGAUGUCAGUCAUGCAUCAGCAGACACUAUGGGGCUUUCUAAUUAGCUGGGAUAGUCCCUCCUUUUACGAGCCCUUACAGAGAAUGAAGUUGUGCCUAGAUUUCCCAGCUUUGACAGUGAGCCAAAGUACAAUCAUUUUGCUUGGGACACACAGUAAAGAGUAAUUUCCAAAAAGCUCUAUACACUUUCCUGAUGUUGCGUUUUAGAUUUCGCCCAACAUUUUGUAAGCUUGCAUGCUG